AAAUUGAAGGUAAAGGAAGAAAAACAUCAACAUCGUUGCACCAAACAAAACAAAAAACCGUGUCUCCGUUUCUCUCGUUGCAGAGAGAAGGACGGAAAGGCGAGCGAGUGAAAUACAAAGCCCUGUAUUUCUAUAUGUAGCGGUGAAUUUCUUAGAAAAGAGGAGGCUUGGACGGGCCCCGAAUUGCCGAAAGUAAAGGAAGAUUUGACUUUUUGCCUGGAUAUUAACGGAACGGCGUUAACCCCGAGGGGCCUGAACGUGGCAGAGAGCGAAGGGGUAGAGGGGAACGCGGAAUAUAAAGGAGAGUGCCCCGUGCUACGGGGGCUUAGUACCGUUCAAAGAUGCAGGCUGCCGAGAUGAUGCGCGAUACCAGGGCCAUCUGCUACGAUCUUGUGUUACUGUUAUCCCUCUCGAUCAGUUAUGUCCAUUCGUUUCCGCUUCAAGUGUUGCCUGCCAUCCAGGGAUACAUUCCGGUUUACAUAAGGUAUGGUAAUCAACCACUCGAGGAGAUAAAUCCCAAGUUAGCCGAGGCGUUUCACGAAGGAUCGAGUAUACAUUACGCUUACUCGCCGAUGAAUAAUUUGAAUAAGAAACUUGAUUUAGAUCUUCCUAAAGAUGAGAACGAUGAGAAAUUGAUAGAGGAGGAUUUGGAAAGGAAAUCUGCCGCGAAUGUGAUCAGAGAGGUUCAAGAAACGUGGAAAGUCGAUCAAUUAAACGAAGAUGGGAAAAAUAUAGAAGAGAAGGGCAAAAGUGAGGUUAAAGGAGACGUGAAAAGUCCAAAUAAUAUACACGAUUCGAAUUUCAAUCUCGCCGAAUCGUCUAUGGAUAAAUUUCGUUACAAGAACGAUCAAAUUUUUACCUCAAAUAUGAAUAUCGAUCAAAUGAUCGCUCAAGAAUCACUUCGAUCCGAUAUUUACGAAGAUGAUCAACGUCGUGCCGAGGAUAAUGCUUCCGACUCUUGACCCUGAAUGGAUCCAACUAUGUAGUUUGCUUGAAGAAAAAUAUUUUUUUUUUUCCCAUUCUCAAGUAGAUCCUUCGAA